AUGUCUCGAAAGCGUUCAUACAUUAACAUCAGCGUCCAUAGCCUAUUAUUAUCGGCUGCAGUAUUAUCAAAUGCUGUCUCCGCCGUGGGCUACUAUCCACCCGCUCAACAAGUUCCCAUCAUCCCGCCCCAGAUACCUUUGAAUGGGGCUGAAGCUACACCAGAUACACAUGAGUUUUCCCUGCGUCACAUCUUCCACCGAGGUACCUAUGAACAACCCGAUCUCCAUGCAAGACUCGACGUCAAGCCAGACACUCGCCUUCGAGCCGUAUCCGAAGAUGGCCGCGAAGAACAAUAUAUUGCAUCAGAGAACCCUCUGCUUGCUUCAUCUAGUCCUCUCACAAUACAACGAUUAGCAAACCGACGAGUCCCGGUGAUUCAAGGUCACUUGGCAGCUGCGCGGUCUUCCGGCUUUGCGUCCGCUUUGUCUCCACUAGAUUGGGUCAUGGACACAUUGCCUGGGCCGAAUAUUACAGACAAGCAGACAGUGUUGACAUUUGCACAAAUGACGGCAAACGACUAUAUUGAAGAGCCUGGAACAGGAGAGUGGCACACUAUCCACGGCCAAUUUAACUAUUCGGGGAGCUUUGGUUGGCAAAAGGAUGGACUGAGAGGGCACAUAUACUCUGAUAAGACAAACGGCACUGUGGUCAUUUCCCUGAAGGGUACUUCACCCGCUCUUUUUGAUGGCGCUGGUACUACAACAAACGAUAAAAUCAACGAUAAUCUAUUCUUCAGCUGUUGCUGCGGCCAAGGAGGCUCAUAUCUAUGGAGACAAGCCUGCGAUUGCCAGACCGCUACAUUCACGGCAAAUUUGACAUGCAUCGUCGAGUCUAUGACUGAUGAGAACCGUUAUUACCAAGCAGCGAUCGACUUAUACUCUAACGUGACCGAGAUCUACCCGGAUGCGAAUAUUUGGAUGACCGGGCAUUCGCUAGGUGGUGCAAUGACGAGUCUUGUCGGAUUGACGUUCGGAUUGCCUGUGGUCACUUUUGAAGCCGUCCCAGAAGCAUUACCCGCAGCUCGACUUGGCCUCCCAAGUCCGCCAGGGCAUGACCCACGAUUGCCACAGUCGCGACAGUUUACUGGAGCUUACCACUUUGGACAUACGGCAGACCCAAUCUAUAUGGGAACCUGCAAUGGAAUCAAUUCCAUCUGUACAUGGGGUGGCUAUGCGAUGGAGUCAGCAUGCCACACCGGACAGGUUUGCACGUAUGACACCGUGGCAGACAAGGGCUGGCGUGUCGGUCUUGGUACACACAAGAUUGAGAAUGUGAUAUCAGAUGUUAUUUUGAAAUAUGACAAUGUCCCCUCAUGUGUCGCAGAGGAAGAAUGCUUCGACUGUGAACUCUGGAAGUUCUUCCGAAGCAACGGUUCCGAGCCCACGACUACUACAACUACCACCACUACAGCAUCUCCCACCAGAACUUCUACAUGCAAGACGCCCGGAUGGUGGGGUUGUCUGGAUGAAAGCACAACCGCUACCACUACCACUACCACUACCACUACGACAAGCGUCACUACUACGACAUGCAUGACCCCUGGUUGGUUCGGGUGCAAUGAUCCUACCACAACAGCCAGCCCGGCACCCACAGUGACUACCACUUUGCCCAUGGUGACUACGACGACCAGCUGUCACGACCCAGGGUGGUUUGGCUGCCGUGACGAAACGAGCACGGUAGCCACGACUACCGCCAAUUCUGCCUCGCCCACUUCUGCGAGCUGUCAUAACCCGGGAAGGUUGUGGGGAUGCUGGGAUGAGUCCAAUAACACGCCUGCGAUCACAUCGUCGCCCACUCCUACCAGCUAA